AACCCUGAGCUGAAGAGGAGCAUCUGCACUCAGUGUGUGUGUGUGAGAUUUACUCUCUGUCAGUACGGUCAGCAGCUCUGUUCAUCAUGUCUGGUCGUGGUAAGAAGCUGGCAGCUCCACAGAAGAGUAAGACCUCAGUGUCCCGCUCUGCACGGGCUGGUCUGCAGUUCCCCGUGGGCCGCAUCGCUCGUCUGCUACGGAAGGGGAACUUCGCGGCACGCAUUGGCUCUGGGGCGGCGGUGUACCUGACUGCAGUGAUCGAGUACCUGUGCGCGGAGGUGCUGGAGCUCGCAGGAAACGCCAGCAGAGACAACAAGAAGCUCCGCAUCGCACCGCGACACAUCCAGCUAGCGGUGCGCAACGACGAGGAGCUGAACGUACUGCUGGGCGGAGUCACCAUCUCUGAGGGCGGAGUCCUGCCUAACAUCCAGGCAGUGCUGCUGCCCAAGAAGACCAAAGCUGCCCGUGAGCCAAACGCUGGUGCAGAGGCGCAGUCACAGGACUUCUGAACGACACGAGGACUUUUAGCACUUAUUUUAGGACCAGGAUAUUAAUAAAGAACGUUUCUUAACCCAGAA